CAUUGUGCCUCAGUUUCUCAGUAAGGCAAGUUUAGGCAACAAACAUAUGAUAGACAGUCUCCUUUCCAAUGUUGGUGGAAUGAAGUGUUUGUAAAGCCCCGAAUCAGACAAUUAAGGCCACCAGUGACUCGGAUCGAUUAAUGGUAAUACUAUGAAGCAGGUAUAGACACCUGGUUCUACUGUAUUGUUACUGUAACCAAACCACCGUGACGUGACCCGGUUAGGCCGUCAUGGAUGAUCGAUGCAGCUCUGUGAUAGCCGUAGAUUAGCAUCUUUGGCUGACUAACAUCGUGUGCUCUCCACGGGUAGUGGCCGAACUAGCCCAGUGGGUCGUCUGCUCGUCACGUUCUGACUGAAUCAGUAAUUAAACACUGCCAAGAUGGCUGAAGCCCAGCCCCCUAGACCAACAGAAACUGAGGGAGAUGAGACGGAAGACGUGCUGCUCUCUGACUCACUAUCAGCUGAUCGGGGGACGGCAGUGGUCUUACAGAAGAUGGAGAGUGAGUCCUCCCCGGGGAUGCUGCAGCAGCAUGACAACUACGUGUUGCGGGACGAGGGGGACUUCAUCAAGGGGGUGUCACAGUUCUACAACCAGGAGGCGCUCAGUGACGUCCAGCUCAAAAUAGGAAAAGACACCUACUAUGCACACAAGUUUGUGCUGGCCAAGUCCAGUGAGGUAUUCCGGGCCAUGUUGUACGAGAGCCGAUGGACCCAGCCUGUUAAACCUGAAGUGGAGCUGAACGAAAGCCCGGAAUGCCAGCAACACUUUGACCGAUUCCUCCGCUUCCUGUACACAGCGGAAGUGAACAUCAGUGUGGACUCUGCCGUGGGAAUCCUCUGUCUGGCUGACAAAUACAGUGUGUUGUCCUUGAAACAGUUGUGCACACGCUACAUGGUGGACAACACACGCUCACCCAAGGUCCGGAAUGCAUUGAACUGGUACUCAUGGGCCAAGGCUCUCAACAUGGAAGAGCUGAUUGACCAGUGUUCCAAGACGAUAGCCUGGAACAUGGAGACGCUGCUCAUGCUGCCGGAGUGGUACAACAUGGACAUUGAGUUUGUGUCGGACAUUUUACACAACUCGGAUCUAGUCGUAUCAAGCGAGUUCCAUCUCUACAAAGCUGUGAGGAACUGGCUGCUUCAUGAGAACCAUGUGCCCAACUUUUCGGACUACGCCAAGGAACUCCUUCCUCUGAUCCGCUUCCCACAGAUGCUGGUUGACCAGCUGUAUAAGAUCGAAACUGAUGCUGACCUUGACCUUGAUGAUCAGCAGUGUAAGUCCCAACUUCAGGACCUCAUCAGUCAAGCCUACCGCUACCGGUCUCUCUGUCCAGCGCAAAGUCAACUUGAAAUCUCUUUUGUGAAGCCAUAUUUCUUGCCUCGGGAUUACACCGAUCUGACUGUGGAUACAGUCCGAAUGCAGAACACACUCAGGUUUGGAAUUCAGGUGGAUGUCCGUACCUCCGUUGGUCCUGUGCCUUCGGACAACAGAGACGGAGAGUGGAAGAUCACGUACAGAAAGACAAACACAAACAAUGAGGGAUGGACGAUACAGAUCUACGCUCAUGAGUCGGCCCUCAUCAACGGCGAGGCAAGGAUCCAGGCAACGCUCGUCAUCUGUGAUGAAGAAGAGAAGGUCAUACAAGUGGAGAGGUCGGACACCUAUGUCUGUUCCCGUGGCAACAGUCUUAGUAUGAAUGUGGUGCUCCCGACCUCGGAGGAGGCAAAGGCAAUGGGGGUCAUCAUCAAACAAGUACCAAAAUAGACAUGGAGUGUCAAAUUACUGAUUGUCUGUUUCAGAAAUAACAUUGCUGGUAAUAAAUAUAGGAACAAUUGGAAUCUACUUCUAAUAUCGAUGAAUAGAGUUUCAAAUUUCUAAUUUGUCCUUUUAAAAAAUAGCAUUACUGGUUAUAAGUAUAUGAACAGUUGUGAUCUGCUUGUAGUCUAAUUGAAACAUCAGUAACAAUGUGGCUACACUACACCAUAUUUAGACAUGUUUCGGAAUAUGACAGUGUCCUGCCAGGAGGUUUUAGUCUGGAGCAGGCAAACCAGGGGUCUAUAGUGUGAGAACUGAUCCACAUAAGGGUUUGGUGACACACUACACCAGCCAACCACAGCUGAGAAAGGAUUGUCCACCUUCAGCAGCCAUUGUAGCCACAAGAUCCCCAUUUGAGUAGCUAUUGUGACAAGGAUGGUGUACCUAUCCAUAGUGGCACCAAUCUCCUGAUCCCAAUGAAAACCUUUUCUUGUGUCCUCUGCUGGAAUAUUGCUGAAAUAUUGCUGAAAGUGGCAUAAAACCAAACUCACUCACUUACUCCUGAUCCCCAUUUUAGCAGCUUUGACAAGGAUGAUGUACCUUAUCAGAGAGGUACCUAUCUCCUGACUCAUGUGUUAUGGGUACAGUUACUUGUAACACGUGGGAGCAGUAAUUAUCGAUGUGAGUCUGUUCAUAUUUCAUGGAAUAUGAUCAAUUUCUUCCCACUGACCAGCUCAAGUCAUAUCAAAUACAUUUGAAACGAAGGGUUGCCAGAAACAGAUUUAAAGGUGAUAUUAUUUCAAUUAAUGUCUUUUUUGUAUUAGUAAUUACAAAUUUGCUGAUUUUGAAAGAAUUUGUAUAGCUGUGCAGCUAAAGUUGUUUUAAGGUGUUGACAUAACAAACAGUUUGCUCCUCUUUGCAACUGUCAGAGUCCAAUAUGGGUACAUGUAUUCAUCAAUAGUAAUUAUGAAUGUGUUGCUGAAGAACUAUUGAUGCUAGUAGUUAUGAUGGCCUCCAAAAACAACAGUUUAAAGAUGAAAUGUAAUCCACAGAAUGUUACACCUCUAUAAUGAACUCUGGUUAUUCAAUAUUUCGACAUUAUUUCGAGAUAACCAGAUUCACGAUAAAGUCUGCUGAAUUCUUCAUUUGUCGGACAUGUUUACAGGACCAAUGAUUUGUUUGAUUUGUUUACAAGACCUGGGUACAGUUAGAAUCUCUGCUAGCUACAGCCGAAUUACACUUGAAGAUGACAAUGUAUGACUAUUAUUAUGCUUGUGUAUUUAUUUAUGCGUCAUGAAUUAUUUAUUUAUUUAUUGCAGCUCCAGGCUACACAUUUGAUAGUGUAACCUGAUAUUUUUCUGACAUCAACAUUUGGAGGAGAUUCACUGAACAGGACAGCCCAGAUGGUACCAUUCCAAGUGAAAAUUUUAAGGCUUUUAGAAAUUUUGGUUUGAAUACGCCAUUGUUAUGGAGUAGUGUCCCUUCCAUAAAUGUAAAUAUUUUUAACAGGAAAGAGGGUUUGCCAGACUUACAUGGCAUCAAUGAUAAAUGUAAAUGAUAUCAAUGUCAAUGUUUCAUGGAAGCGAUGAAAGGGUUGAGGCUUUUAUUAGGUUGAAUACGGUUGAAAAAUGG